AUGAGCCUGACCUACAUUUUAGUAGCCUUGGUUGCGGUCAUUCUCAACAACGUCCUGGUCGAAAUGUUGAGUCUCCACACCAGGAUCACCGUGGGUUAUCUCUUCGCUUUGGGUCCUCUUCUCUUUGUGAGCAUCUGCGACGUGUGGCUCGAUCUCUUCUCCCAGCGCCAAGCUUAUGCGGUCAAUCUUAUGGCGGUGGGCGUGGUGGCCUUUGGUUGCACAGUGCAGCAAUCCAGUUUCUAUGGUUACACCGGGAUGCUACCAAAGCGGUACACUCAAGGAGUGAUGACGGGAGAAAGUACUGCUGGGGUCAUCAUCUCCUUAAGCCGCAUCUUCACCAAGCUUCUUCUGUCUGAUGAGAAGGAGAACACCAUGAUCUUCUUCUGCAUCUCCAUUGGCUUGGAGCUCUCUUGCUUCCUCCUCCACCUCUUGGUGAAGCGCACCUUCUUCGUCAGGUAUUACACCUCCCGAUCCCAGAACAGGGCCUCCGAGUUGAAAGAGCCGAUGGACAAUGGCACCGGAUACAGGGUCCACCACGACGUCACAGCAGAAGACAUCCGCUUUGUAAGUUGUGGCCAGAAAAUGCUUUGUGCUCCUUCUUGGGUUUUACGUUUUUUUGAGACAGUUUUCACGAAACUCUUGGUAAAUCUUCUAGAAAUAUUAGGGUUAGUUUUGAGAGUUGGUUCCUUACUUGACAUAAUUUUGGCGGCGUUGCCGUAUGACUGGAGGGGAGUCCACCUCCUUCUCUGCUCCUGCCUGCGAGUGGUCUUCAUCCCGCUGUUUAUCCUCUGCGUCUACCCCAAUGGGAAGCCCACCUUUAGCCACCCGGCAUGGCCCUGCAUCUUCUCCCUCCUGAUGGGCAUCACCAACGGCUACUUCGGCAGCGUCCCCAUGAUCCUGGCGGCCGGGAAAGUCAGCCCUGAGCAGCGGGAAUUGGCAGGUAACACCAUGACGGUCUCCUACAUGACGGGCCUGACCCUGGGCUCCGUGGUAGCCUACUCCGCCUACAGCCUGGCCAGCACUUCUCCCAGUCCGUGUCUCUACCCAGGGAACUACACGGCCUCGGUUCUAGAUGGGAACUGACCGGACAAUGAACGGAGCACCGAUGCCUAGGAGCGCCAGGCAAGAUGGCAGGGUAGGGGGAAGAGAGCCUGGGACUCGAUGCCCGCUGCGGGCACAGCCCUAGAUCCUUCUGGAUCCGCAUGGAAAACCCCAAGCCACGUCUUUACCCAAUGACCAUGUGUAUGAUACCCAUACCCAUCCUUGCGUGGGUAUGACCCAUGUGGCUAUUCUGCUGCGCAGGUUGGGCGCCGUUCCUGUUCUUUUCCAAUCAGAUUUCGGGCCAGGACAUUUCUUUCUCCAGUGGAUUGUUGCGUGUCCUCUACAGCUGUCCCCAGCAGCCCCCAAAUCCAUCGGUCAGAAUAGCAUCUUGCCCAUUGUCACGAAGGAGACAUCCUUUAGCUGUCUCUUGCUCAGUUGUUUUAUUUAUUUAUUUUCUGAUAGCUGCUCGGUUAACACCCGUCCGUCUCUGAUAAAAAGGUGAAUUCCCAGACUUUGAGGCAGGCUAAGGGAGAGGGAUUUUUGCACAGCUCGCUGGGAUUUUAGGGAGCAAAGGAGAAAAUGGGUUGAAAAAUUUUUGGAGGUUGAAUCGUAUCAACUGGACUUAUUUUCCUUGUUAGGUUAAUGAAAACAAGGACUAGGGGGGGUGACAUGAUCUAGGGUCUGAGGAGCUGCCCCAAAGAAGAGGCAGUCAAGCUAUUCUCCGAAGCGCCUGAGUGUAGAACAAGAAGCGAUGGAUAGAAACUGAUCAAGGAGAGAAGCAGCCUAGAAGUAAGGAGAAAUUUCCUGACAGUUGGAACAAUGAUUCAGUGGAACAGGUUGUCACCAGAGGUUGUGAAUGCUCCAACACUGGAAGGUUUUAAAGAAGGGAUUGGACAACCCUUUGUCUGAAGUAGUGUAG